AACUCACCAGAGCCUCCACAUCUGCCUCACCAGAGCAGAGGAGCAGGCUGGGUGAAGAGUGGGGAGACCGUCCAUCACUGGAAAGAGAACAAGUUUGGGGGUGAAGACGGGAUCAGAGAUCAAGUUUCCCACUUCUUUUAUUUGGCUCUGAGCGCCAUCGACCUCCACUCCUUCUUCUCACCCCUGUCUUACACCUCCAGCUCCCGCCGUGGGGUCUCAGCUCUCCGUCUCCCUCCCCCCCUCCCUCGCUCCCUACCUCCCCCGGGCGCUGCUGGGAGCCUCCGGGCUGCUGCGCCGCAGAAGGAUGUCUCGCCGGGAGUCUCCGCCGCCACCUUCACCGACUCUGGUGCCUCAGAUGAGGGGAGUCCGGAUAGGAGAGGAGGACCGUCCGGAGAGAGCCGAACCGCUGUCCGACUCCGAGAGGGAGAUAAUCCAGGACACUUGGGGUCACGUCUACAAGAACUGCGAGGAUGUUGGGGUGUCCGUGCUCAUCAGGUUCUUUGUCAACUUCCCAUCAGCCAAGCAGUACUUCAGUCAGUUCCAAGACAUGGAAGAUCCCGAGGAGAUGGAGCGAAGCGGCCAGCUGCGGCACCAUGCUCGCAGGGUGAUGAACGCCAUCAACACCGUGGUGGAGAACCUUCACGACCCGGAGAAGGUGUCAGCGGUUCUGGCUUUGGUAGGGAAGGCCCAUGCAAUCAAGCACAAGGUGGAGCCCAUGUACUUCAAGAUUCUGAGUGGAGUGAUGCUUGAGGUCUUGGCCGAAGACUUCCCGGAGUUCUUUACGGCAGAAGUGCAGAUGAUUUGGACCAAACUCAUGGGGGCGGUGUACUGGCAUGUGACAGGGGCCUACACAGAUGUGGGCUGGCUCCAAGUCUCCAGCUCAGCUGUGUGAAAACAUACUGUGUGUAGUCGCUGUGCGGAAGUUUCCUGUGAACUUUAGGGAAUGGAAAUAAAUAAAAAAUAAUGUGCUGUCAUGACAGUAGCCGACAAGCUUUGUUAGAGAAGGUUCUCUUUGAGAUAAUACAGACAUGCAGUUGAUGUAAACAUCCUUUUUUAAAUUUCAGUAAAAUGACAUCCUAAGCUUUUCUUGCAAAUGACCCCUUAACAGGCGAUAAAAGUUGGAAGCUAUUUCAACUAAGGCGAUCAUUAUCUCUCAUAAUACUGUACUAUUCAUAUGUGUGAUGCAGCCCAAAAAUACAUGACAUGACAAAACAAAACAAGCUCUGUGACACAACUUGCAUCCUCACAAUCUGACUUAGUAUAUAACUUAGGUGGUUAAGUCGGCUUUAGAGCUACGUAGCGUUGACUGUGGUGCGAGAUAAAUGUUUUAUAGCACGUAAAAAAAAACAUGUAAAUACACUCAAUACCAUCCUCGCUCACGUUUAAUUGGCCACUCAUGUAAUUGUGCUUCAUUUUGAAUGGAGCUAAACGUCAUUGCAGAUGCCAAUAAUCCUAGCAUUUUUCAUGCUGAAUAGCGAACAGGGCAAAUAUGCGGAGUCGGUAUUUUAGCUGGACUUUAGCUAUUUUUUUGAGCUCUAUAUCACAAGCUUACUCAAGAUAAAACCUCAGAAAAUGAUUUGUUUGGACGUUCAUUUGAAUACUAAAACAACAAAAAUGCAAUAGCACAUAAAUGCUAUCUUUAAAAAACGAUCUUAAAAUUCUGUUUUAUAUAGAUUUCUUAACCCCUUUAUUGAACAGAUGUGUUGCUGUCUGUAAACAAAUAUUCUAAAUGACCAAUUCACCAAGUGUAUUUCUCUGCACACGGCAUGUGAAUGAUGCCGUGAGUCACCAAAUUGGACCGAGAAGCUAAGUGUGGGGGAACAUAGAAGCCCCCUCUGAAAAGACCAUGGAGCUACUGACUGUUAACAGAUUCUUCAUGUUCAGCUGUAUCCUCAUGUUCAGGGGACUUGUGUCCUCUUUCGUCUCUAUUGAAGAAUUAUGUGCUCUCAAUGUCUUGUUGAUCUAACUAGAGUGUUUGUAUAAGUGUAAAGUGGGCACUUGUGCAUACUUUUAUACCUCUGUUUACGGCUCAUUGCUGUGUUGGGCCAGUAACAAUGCUGUUGAUUUACAUUGCUUUUGUUCUGAAAGCAGCAUGCCUCGAGCCUGAGAUGGAAAAUGUCAGCUCCGUGACACAGUCGCAGACCACACACGUACUCAUUCACGCUUUCAUGCUAAUAUUUACACCACUGCCACUAACGCAGCCUCUUCGGCAUCCCAUCUGAGAUGCAUUCGAGGAACCGUUGAGGGUUUAGAGGCUAUCCAAACAUGCGAGCAAGCGGAGGGCGAGUUGCGAGUGUCAAAAAAAUGAAUCACCUCCCCUUAGCCAACCUGCAGUGCUGUCCUUUAUACACAACAUUUACAAUCCCUGCAUUCCCAAACAUGCACUGUGAUUCUGUUUAGGUGGGUCAUUCGUUCAUAUCCCCAGACAGCAUCUGCCUCAUCGGCCCAUCCUCCUAUCUCACCCACGUCGCCAUCGCAUCUGGCACUAAUACGUAAAUAAUGAGCCUCCACUGCUCUUUCAUUCUGCCAUUCAUCCACCGGAACAACCGACUGCCGGGGAAAGGGCCGCAUCACCGAGAAGAAAACAAUUACCAACAGGCCGAUGCAUUUUAAACUAUGAAUCAAUUAUUGCCUAAUACGCUGCGCUGGCAGCGACCUCUCGUAAUCACUUCGGAUAAACCAACUCACUGACAAACUGUUAGGAACUUAGUCUGUUAAAUGCUUUUCAAUUAGAGGAGUCCGUGUUGACAAUUUAUGGAAAGGUCAGUCAAGGACUGAAGCCAGGGACGGGGGUAGACUGAGAAGCCAAGGCUUGCUGAGCUGUUUUCUCCUGCUUAUCUGAGGUGGCGGCAGGUGAAAAAUAAGCCUAGACAAACGGAAACAGAACCAUCAUGGCACCUUCCUCGAGCAAAUAUAAGUUAAGCUCAAGCAUGAUUUUUGGACGAUACGAUGACCAGCUUUAAAAGACAGUAGGGGCAAUGGCUGCUAUGUAUGGAUCAGAGCAGAGUGGAAGAUAGUCACAUAGGAGGAGAGGAGGGCUGAUCAAGUUUGGAGAAGUUAGGGUGGAGGUUAUGGUUUGCACACAUGGAAAAGGAGGAAACAGGGAAUAUGUCAGACGCAUAGAGUGAGAUCCUCAGUAGAGUAGAAGUAGAAGACUAAGAAGGUGCGGCACCUGCGUGACCUGACUGGUCAGGUGGUCAAACAAACCCUCACACUUCAGCUCUGUCAGCAGUAAUGCGGUUUUGAACAGUAAAAACCUAGCACUCUCCCACAUCUGACGUCAGCCUCUCUUUGAUGUGUGGGCUGCUGUUUUGCUCAAGUGACUUGUCGUUUAGGAAUACUUUCACUCAGAAGAGUUUUUCUGUCCCAUUGUUUAUGCCGCACCAUGUGGUGCGAAACCCAUCUGCAAACACACUUAAUGGAGAUAAAGCACUGCUGCUCUUGUGCAGCCGCCGGGUCACUGCCUCGGCUCGGUUAGAGCAGACGCAGUUUGACUCGAUUAACCACCGCAGUUAUGUAGGGACACACACACCAUUCACCGAAAGUUAUGGAUCACCUCUGUCUUUUAUAUGUGGCCAUGCACAGACGUGCGUCUCAGGCAUGGCCUUGCAUGCCGAGUGAGCCACACCAAACACAUGCUUCACUCACACCGUCUUAAGCAACACAGCGGUACAUGUGUGGUGGUGUUGUGGUGGUCAGUCAUUUGAAAAGUUUAUUUUUUUAUCAUACCUAUUAGAAGGAUUCUACGCAAUGUUUUUGGAAUACUGUAUGUCUUGAUAUGUCCAUGUGAGACAGCUUUGUAAGUUAGAGCAAGUGCAGUGGCUUUCCUGUGUCUCAGCAUGUUUGUACAGACGUGUUGAAAUGAAUAACACUCGUCAUUAAA